AUGGAAGAUCAGUAUCCAUUUAUAAUGCUACUGAAUUCCUCUAUCCAAGCAGAAAAAGAAGAUGUCCCAAAGAAAAGUGAGAAGGAAACUGCCAUUGAUGUGAAAAAAAAAGAGCCAGGAAAAGCUCCUGAAACCAAACAAGAGACUAUAAAAGUUGCAGUACAAGCAGCAACUAAAAAGGAUGAAAAGAAGGAAGAUUCCAAGAAAACCAAAAAACCUGCAGAAGCAGAACAACCCAAGAAAAAAAGUAAGGAAAUGCAUGAAAAGUGUAUUUGGGUACACUUUUUUCUUUUUAUUGCUAUUAUUGACCUUGUGAUGUAUUAAUAUUUAGACCUGCAGUGUUGAAUUUGUCUUGCCUAUGUUUUACGCAUGUCAACUCUGGUUGUUGUUUUGUCAAAAUUAAAGAAUACACAACCUGCAGGAUUAAAGUAGACUGAAAAAUCAGAAAUCAUUGUUAGAGCCCGUUUUCAAACUUAUACAAGAAUCUAGUAACACUAUGCACAGGUUCAUAAUGAAAAAUACAACUGAAUUCUAUUAACCCAAACUGUCAUGAUUUUGUAAAUCUCUCAGUCCUCAGAAAAGACUGAACAAAAGUUCUUUGCCAGGCUACUUUUACAACUUCUUUCUCAUUAUUUGCUUCUUCUAAUCCAUAAAUAUUUUGGCAUGUUCACAUGAUCUAUGACAUUUUGUCCCUAACAUGAUUUUGCCCUCAUAGGCACUAUGGGCUAUGUCUAAUAAUGUUGGAAUCCAUAUCUUAAGUCUUAUCCACUGUUGCUUUAACGUACUAUUAAACCUGUUUGUUAAUAAAUCAGUAAAACUCAAUAUCUUGAGAUUGCGUCUUUUGCAAAUACAGGCUCUUCUCUAAAGAAAAUACAAAAUAUUUAACAAAUGAAAACAAAAACCAACUUAACCCUAUCAAAAAUCAACACAUUUCCAGGAAUGUAGAAGUUUUACGAUCCUACUAUCAAGGACAUUUUCUAAAAUGCACACCAAUUUUUAAAAACAUUUAUGUAUGUUUCAGCCCUGCAAAAAGUUAGGAUACUGAGACAUUUUAUGUCAUAAAAAUGCUCUAAAAUGUGCUGUGGAGAGACUCAUGAAAUUAUACUACAACUCAGCCAGGGGGAGCAAUCCAUCUAUAGAGAAGUAUGUGUUCAUCAGUCUUAGAUUUAUUUGUGUGCACAGUUGCUGGUAAGUACUGGCAUAGGAAGACAGAAAUCUCUCUAUAAACAACUGCACCAGCAGGAAAAUGGGGGACAACUGGAGAUUUGAAAAAUGGUAUUACAUUUUUAUACAUAUAUAAAUAAAACUUAAGGCCCUCACUUUAUUGCAGUCUAUAUGAUUUAAAAGCUCCUGCUGACACACUGCAAUUCCUUGGCAAUCAUCAGGGCAUUGAUGUAUUUAAUAAAUAAACAUGCCUUGCCAGCCAUUAAUUCAUGACUCAACUCUUUCCCUUGUUUGUGGAUUGUGACUUGGGCAGUGAUAGGGAGAAGAAAUAGUUUUCUUCAAAACAAUUAUUAGUUCUUUUCAAAUUAAAAUAUUUGCUCUAGUUUAUCAUUUAGGCUUGCCUUUAUAAUUGUUAUUAUUGUUUCUUUCAAUUUGUUUGAUUUUUUUGUCUUCAAGAUCACUUCAUCCAAUUAUACACUACAGUCACAUAUUUUAUUUUGCUUCUACUUUUCCAGUCAUCACACAUUAAAAAGCUAUUCUUCCUGCACUUUAAAAGUAUUUCAUUUUAGAGUAACAGGACAAGGAGUACAUGGGAGCUUCCUGUACAUUUUGCAAAUUCCUCUGAUCUACAACUGCUUCCAAAUUACAAGUGAAAAAAUAAAAGAAAAAACCUCAAAAAAGUCAAUCAUGGGCAUGAUUUGUCAGUCCCUGUAGAAUUAAAGGGUAAAUUAAAUUAUAUUUCUUAAGAUAAUUCAAUAAUUACAUCCAGAACUAUUCCAUAUAAUUAACAUUUUAUUAUAUUAUAUAUAAAAUGAGAGCCUUCUCUAGCAUAUUGUUCCAAAUUGGCACAGGUAUUUUUCUGUUUAUAUGAUGGCUUUCUCAUAAGAUUAGGAGGCUUCUGUUUUAACUUUGAGUCUUACAUAUAGCUGGUGUUCGAUUUUGAUGCAUUCCCAAAUCUGCUUCCAGUACAUUUUUUUUACUGUCAUAACUUUAAAAAUUUCUUAGAAAUGUUUUAUAAUUGGAACUUCAGUUCAGCAAUAAACAAUACAUUUCAUUGCUCUUCAUUUGCCAAACAACAUUUAGCAAUGUUCUUGCUAAUUUAAUGUUAGAAAAGUCACCUAAUCUUCUCCUUUUGGCUGUCAACAUUUGGUUAAGCCAUUGAUUUUAUUUCUUUUACUGCCUGCACACUAUCUUAGAAGUGGAUAAGUUGAUCAUUAUAUUCGCAUGACUAUUAAUACCACCUGAUAACAAAAUUGAACAACUGAAAUUUUGAGGUGAUGACAAUGGAAGAUUCUAUUACAUUUUGUUUCUAAAAGUGAGUCUGUUGAUCUUCUUCCACAUAAAUAUCUUCUAGUCUUCAAAACCUAUUCAUUAAAUAAAACUUUAAAAAUAAUCUCUUCAUUCCUUUUCCUUAAAAUAUCAGAUAAUAAUUCUCCAUUCCUUUUCCUUAAAAUAUCAGAUAAUAAUGUGUCUAUGUUAAAGAAUUUCUUGAAAAUCUUCUUUUAAAUUAAUUUGACAAGCUUGUCAAGGCAAAAUAAAUAAGAAUAGAAAUGUAGAUAAUAGCUCUUCAUAUAAAAUUAGUGCCUGUACUUCAUAUAAAAUCAGUGCUUAUUAUAAUGUAAAUGUCAGCUUAAUCUUAAGAACAGAAUGAUGCUUUGUCUCAUAUAAUAUUGACAAAAGUGGGUUUUUAAGAAGAAACACUAUAUAAAGAGGACUCUAUAAGGAGCAUUCAUCCUAAAAACAAGGCAAGUGUGUUUUGUUUCCCUCUGAAACUCCUUAGUCUAUUUUAAUGUCUUAAAUCUGCUUCAGUAAAUCCUUUGUCUUAACUAAAUAAAUAUCUCUUCAAUAUGAGAAGAUCCUUAGAAGAGGUAAUACAUAUGAAAUUUGUUCAUCUUUAUCUUGCUGAGAAUUAUUUUUUAAAACAGCUGCAAUAAUGAUCCUUUGUUCUUAUUAUUUUAUCCCAAAUUUUAAUUUCAUGUUGAUAUGAUAGCAAAUUAAAAUUUUUUUCCAUCCUUUAUGGACUGUAUUUUACUUUUCUGAUCCAUGAAAAAUCUGAAUUCCUCUGAUAUUUUGAAUGUUUUGGUGCUGCUAUAUGAGAAAACUCAAUGAAAGAAUUAUUCUAAAUAUACAAUCUUAUAUUUUUCUUAUCUUGUUACCAGUUGUAACAAGUUGUUAUCUUGUUAUCUUUUCUUAUACUUGUUACUAGUUGCUGCGAUUUGGAGUCAGCACAUAUAUGUCUUUUUAUGUGAAAACAAUUGAGACUCAUAA